CUAUCGAAUGCGUCAGUGUCAAACACGGCCAUUUGCCGAGCCAUUCAACCAACCAACCAGCCGGCCAGCCAGGAUGCUUUCCUGUCUGCCACCUGCAUUUCAGACCAGGAGGCAGUCAUUUUGCUCUUGUCGCCCGGCCUCUGCGCACGCCUUGACUUUCACGGAUGCCUAAUGCGCUCCUCGGAUUUCGGGCUUCCCGGCCGACGGCGAAAUGUGCAUCUGCCUGAGAGCAGCGGUCAUUUGAUAUAG